GCUGGCUCAGUCCCACCCCUCGGGGCACGGUUCCCGCCGGCGCGACCCCUCGGGCUGUCUGGUCUUCCGCAGGGCAAGGCGGCGGCCCCGGACGCCCAAGCCCCCUUCCCAGCCCCCAGACAUGGCCCGGGGCGGCGAUCAGAGCUGGCGUCCCAGGGAGUCGGACGGGCAGCCGGACGAGCGGACCGCCCAGAACAGCAGAGCCAAGAUGGUGAAGGAGACCCAGUACUACGACAUCCUGGGGGUGAAGCCCAGCGCGUCCCCGGAGGAGAUCAAGAAGGCCUACCGGAAGCUGGCGCUCAAGUACCACCCGGACAAGAACCCGGAUGAGGGCGAGAAGUUUAAGCUCAUAUCCCAGGCAUAUGAAGUGCUUUCGGAUCCAAAGAAAAGGGACAUUUAUGACCAGGGUGGUGAACAGGCGAUUAAGGAAGGAGGCUCGGGCAGCCCCAGCUUCUCGUCACCCAUGGACAUAUUUGACAUGUUCUUUGGUGGCGGGGGACGGAUGGCAAGAGAGAGAAGAGGCAAGAAUGUUGUACAUCAGCUGUCUGUAACUCUCGAGGAUUUAUAUAACGGAGUCACAAAGAAGCUGGCCCUCCAGAAAAACGUAAUUUGUGAAAAAUGUGAAGGUGUUGGCGGGAAGAAGGGCUCUGUGGAGAAGUGUCCCCUGUGCAAGGGCCGUGGGAUGCAGGUGCACAUCCAGCAGGUCGGGCCGGGCGUGGUGCAGCAGAUCCAGACCGUGUGCGUCGAGUGCAAGGGCCAGGGCGAGCGCAUCAGCCCCAGGGACCGCUGUGAGAUCUGCGGUGGCGCCAAGGUGACCCGUGAGAAGAAGAUCAUCGAGGUACACGUUGAAAAAGGUAUGAAAGACGGUCAAAAGAUACUGUUUCAUGGAGAAGGAGAUCAGGAGCCUGAGCUGGAGCCUGGCGAUGUCAUAAUUGUGCUUGAUCAGAAGGAUCAUAGUGUCUUUCAGAGGCGAGGCCACGACUUGAUCAUGAAAAUGAAAAUUCAGCUUUCUGAAGCCCUCUGUGGCUUCAAGAAGAUGAUAAAAACGCUGGACGAUCGCGUGCUCGUUAUUACGUCCAAGGCAGGGGAGGUGAUAAAGCACGGGGACCUGAAGUGUGUGCACGACGAGGGGAUGCCGAUCUACAAAGCGCCCCUGGAGAAGGGGACUCUGAUCAUCCAGUUCUUGGUCACCUUCCCCGAGAAACACUGGCUGCCUCCCGACAAGCUCCCCCAGCUGGAGGCCCUCCUGCCCCCUCGACACAAGGUGAGGGUCACGGACGACAUGGACCAGGUGGAGCUGAAGGAGUUCGACCCCAGCGAGCAGGGCUGGCGCCAGCACAGGGAGGCCUACGAGGACGACGACGACGGGCCGCGGGCCGGGGUGCAGUGCCAGACGGCGUGAGCGGCGCCCUGAGUGUAAAGUUGGCACAAUGAAAACGGCAUCACCUCCCGGCCCCGUGUGUGGCGUGUCCGUGUGUGUGUCCAGCAUCCUCAGCUGCCGAGUGUCGUCUUGGUUCUGUUGUUCUUUCGGUUGUAACUUAAGUUAUAGCUUAAUUUAUAUUUAAAUGUUCUGAGUGUGAAUUACCUCUGGUCUGCAUACGGGAUCUGUUCAUUUCCAUUUUCAGGAGACUUUUGAGAUGCCGGUUGGCCGCACUGACACUUUGUGCUUCUGGGGGCCUUGCCCCGGUGCCGGCGCCCGGCCCCCCUCGCAGGGCAGGCACCAGGGGCCUCGUCUGGGGCUGCCCCUGUGACAUCUCCAGAUCUAGAUUCUUGAGGGCCCUCAAGAACAAAGGCACGUCCGUGGGCUGGACUGGGCUCUCGGGCCGGGCUCACGCCGCGUGGGCUGUGGGGCCAGCGUGGUGGCUACUGUCCCGUGGCUGGAAUGGGGUGCGAGUAUGGCCGUCUCUCCUGGAAGCUUCCUGGCCUUGUGGGGUCCGUGUUCCAAAUGAAACACCACCAUAGCUGUUUGCUUGUGACCCCACACCUUGUUCUCUGUGGUUUUAAUGAUUUUUUGUUGACCGUCUUUGCUAUGCUCCCACCAAAGUGCUUUCUGUAAAGAGAAGGAAGCCCUCCCGAGGGCCCCACAUCCUCCGGCAGCAGCGGUGGGGGAAGCCUGGUGGGCCGGCCUGGGCGCCACGGCCCGGUCGCCUCUUCCCAGACCCGGCUCCCUGCUCUUGUCGGCUGCGUGGCGGAGGGCUUCCUGCUCCCGUGAUGCUGCUUUGGCGAGAAGCGCGUGGACGGGCUCUGCCGUGCCUGCGGCAUGGGCCACCGCUGUAAAUGCUGGCCUGCUCCGAGGGACAACAGCUAUUGCUUCACUCCCAGCAGGCCGACCGCAGCUCAUGUUUAGGGUUGCCUCAGGCUCUAGCUGUUCCUGGCCCGGUCCUUCCAUGGCGGUCAGGAGAAACUGCUCCCUAUGCUGCUGGGCGGGCUAAAGCCGAGGCCGCUUGUAUGGUCCACCCUCCUUGGUUCGGCAGAAGCGGAGUUCGCCGCAGACCCGGGGCCGCCCCCAGCAGGGUCGAAGGGCACAGGAGGCCUGCGGCAGUCAGGGCGAGCGGCUGGGGGGACCAGGCAUUGCUGGCUGGGGGGCGGGGGGGGGGGGGGGCGGCGGGGGUGUUGGGCAUAACUUGCUCAAAAUAAGGAGAGAGCGAGCCCCCCUCACCCCAGGCCUGCUUUGACCACUGGUCAGGACAGACCUAAAGCCUCCUUUUCCAACUCAGCCUGUGCGGAAAUCCAUUCACAAAUGGACCACGGUUCCAGGGUGUUGUCUCUGUGCUGUGACUCCCCCUGCCAUCGAGAACUGCUGUUGAUGGGGCACAACUACGUCCAGCCCCUUCCUCGGCGCGUCAGUGGGAUCUGGAAGGUGUUGCUUAAAACGUACUCCACCUGUACAGUUGUCACUUUACAAUUAAAACUGAGCUGGUAUGAGA